UGCCAUUGGACUUUUGCAAGUCAGGAACAAGUAUCAACCUCAGGAUUCAUGGCAUGCUAUGAAUCGAUGGCGAUAGGUUAAGCAAAUACGAUGAGCCUGGUCGAUUAUCCCUCAUCCUCGGACAGCGAAGAUCGGAACGAGGUUCACGCGCAAAAGCCUCAUCUUGACCGAGGACACAGUAAAGACAACGACAGUGAUGCGCCACCUAACAAGAAACGUAGAACAUCGUCAAGUCUGGCGGCCAUCAGUCCGCCUGCGCCAAAGUUAGCCUCAUCACUGCCUGCGCUGCCCGCCAGCUUUCGCGAUAUGUAUUCCUCUACUGUACGCACCACAACACAGGAUGAUCCCGCGCUGCAUGCUGGACGACAGCGGGCCACGCCUCAUUUGGUCGGCAACUGGCCAACCCACAUCUCACUUGAAUGGUACCCAAUUCCUCACGAACUCGAACUCCUCCAAGAUCUGGAAAGAUCAGCCGUACCAGAAAUCAUCCAAUCUCAAACGCAUUCUUCCUCUUACCUGCACAGCCUCCUCCUCUCCCCCAUCGGCGUCCCUUUACCCUUACACAUUUCCCUCUCCCGGCCCCUCGUCCUCAAAACCUCUGACAAAGAACCCUUCACCAACCAUCUCUCAACCUCACUCGCUGCUCUUGACAUCCAAGCCUUCAGUGUCCGUCCUAAGAACCUCAUCUGGCAUCCCAAUGAAGAUGGCACGCGAUGGUUUCUCGUCUUACGAGUCACCUCAUCCUCCUCCUCCGAGCAAGGCGGAGAGAAACGCGAAUUGCGGGACCUCCUCAGAGUAUGUAACAAUGUCGCGAAGAGAUUCGGUCAGCCUUUGCUAUAUGCUUCGUCGCACAAGGGGGGUCAAAGGCCAGAGAAGGAUCAUUUCCAUAUUUCUAUCGCAUGGGCAUUGAAACCUCCCCCUCUUUCAACUUUGACGAGCAGCGACAAGCCUGCAGAUUCUUCGACGGCUAUCAAGCAUGACACGGUGGCUCGGGAGGUCCCGAUUUCGAAAGAUCUGCGGAAAGCACUGGAGAGGACGGAAAUUGCUUUUGAUCAGGUCAAGUUACGCAUCGGGCAGGACGUAACGAACUUCCCGUUGAGGAGAACCCGGACGAAGGGGUGAAGAUGGUUCUCGAGGAUGGCUCAUGAGGGGAAUGGAUUGGAAGAUGCUAUCAAAACAUCACCACGCGGGGCGGUCUCACGAUUUAAUCGUGACAGAAACCUAUUAUUAUGUGUUUCACAAUGCGCAUCGAUAUUUCCCUAUUCUACGC